GGCAGCCACAGGAGAGGAGGAAGGAACCGUGGCAACGCAGCCUGUCACAAAGCUAACGUUAUCCGCGCACUGCUAAGCCCUCUGAAUGCAUCAGCUUUGUCAACAACAUGCACUUAAAUGUUUACCAAGGCUCUCUACCAUUUGAUCUUUACUUCGUAGCUUCCUCUAAAGCGUAAUAACAGAUUUACUAUGGCAUUUUUUAACGAGCCAAGCUAGCAGACCUUUUCUUCGUCGUAGCCAAAUCACUCGACCAGCUAACCAGAACGAGUUGUUGUUAGCUUAAACUGGCUUGGUGAAUAUGGCGAUUGUGUCUGGCUCCUGUGCCAGGGUAAACGGGUCUAGAAAUGGGCCGUCUGUGUCAGCUACACCCUCUGGAUCUGUUGGACAAUCUCAGCCCAUGAUAGCGGUAUGGGAAUGGCAGGAUGACUUGGGCUAUUGGCGGCCUUACAGCGGCCAAGUGAGCGCCUACAUCGAGCGGUGUUUGGCAUCGCGGGGCCAGAGAGGAGGAGGAGGAGGAGGACCCGGCUCAACGAGCAUCUGCCUCGGACAAUCAGACCCAAGCCUGUCGCCUUAUCUCAUUGACAUACCAAGCUUGAAACAGUUUCGGCAGGACACAGGAAAGACACGGUCAGUACGUCGGUCCCUGUUUGCCCAGUCCUCAGGCCUCGGCAGUGGUGUGUACUGGGAAUGGCUCAACGAUGAAGGAGGAUGGACUCCAUAUGAGACUCGAACCUCUAUCCUCUUAGAGCACAGCUAUCAGGCCCGCCAAGGCACGGCAGACUUGGGCCCGCAUGGAUACAAUUACAUAGUGGAUCUUACAUCUCUGGCCCAAGUUAACAAAGCAACGGGUUUCAGACGGCAGGUCCGACGGCAGUGUAACCUCCCCUACCCACUGGCCUCCUCUGGCCCCCCAGCUAUCCCCUCGGGCCUUGCAUGCUCCUGCCAGCAGUGUUUGAGCCACAGCAGCACAGGACCCAUGCCCAGCCGUUCACGACAUUCCUUUUCAUCAGGCAGUCUGAACCGGCCCAGUCUUCAAGCAACAGGGAGGGCUACAGCGGCACAUCCCACUUCUGUCUACUCGCCGUACCCUAGGAGACCCCUUUCUGUCGGGGCAAUGUCCUGGGGCAGCCCCUGGCCUCCACCCCCCUCUGGUAGUCAACUGUCGGCACCGCUUAUGACCAGCUCUACCAGUGCCAAUGGUUUAAGUGUUCCUUCCAUCUCUGUGCAGCUGAAUGGAUCGACCAGUGUAAGCUCUGCCCUGGCAGGCAUGGCCUCCAUUUUGAUGUCAGCAGUGGGACUCGGCGUGCACUUCACCACUGCCCCCCUCCCUCAACAGCAGCAGCAGCAACAGCAGCAACCUGCUCCUUUCUCUCUUCCUCCUCCUCCUCCUCUCCUCCCCCCAGCCAGCAGGCCCAGCAAGCCCCACAGCAGCAGCAGUUCAGUUAGGAGAGCAAAGAGGCAGCACAGGAGAGCCUCAGCUCAGAGACCUGAGGAGGUGAUUCAGCGCUACAUGGAGGUAGUUGCCGGAGUACCAGAUGAGGAUUGCAUUAUCUGCAUGGAUCAACUGUCUAAUCCAUCCGGCUAUGAGACACCGUCCACAGAGGAGGGAGGCCAGAGCAUCCUGCCAGACACUGUGGGGAAAUUCAUCAAAUGUGGACACACCCUGCACAUGCUCUGCAUGCUGGCCAUGUACAACAACGGGACAAAGGACGGCAGUCUGCAGUGCCCCUCGUGCAAGACAAUCUAUGGAGAGAAGACCGGCACCCAGCCCAAAGGCAAGAUGGAAAUUUACAGCAUUGCCCAGUCGUUGCCAGGCCACCCAGACUGUGGCACCAUCCAGAUCAUCUACAGCAUACCACCUGGCAUACAGGGCCCGGAACAUCCCAACCCAGGACAGCCGUACACCUGUAGAGGCUUCCCUCGCUUCUGUUUUCUACCAGACAACGACAAGGGCAGGAAGGUGCUGGAGCUGCUGAAGGUGGCGUGGAUGAGACGCCUCAUCUUCAUCGUGGGAACGUCCAGCACCACCGGCGAGCCCGACACAGUGGUGUGGAACGGCAUCCACCACAAAACCGAGAUGAUGUCCAACUUGUCGGGCCACGGCUACCCCGACCCCAACUAUUUGGACAAUGUUCUGUCUGAGCUGGCCUCUCAGGGCGUGACAGAGGACUGCUUCAAACCUCCAGGCAGCAGCAGCAGCAGCUAGGUCACAGCUCUGAGCUCCACUCACUUCCACUCACUGCUGACCACAGAGUUCAAAUCCCCCUCUGUGGCCAGGUGGACCCUCUGCAACCUCUCUCUGUUCUUAAAUUUAUUCAGCAUCUGCCCGAACCUCAUUGAGUGAGAAAAGAGGGAGAAGUGCGCUAAAUAAAAAAAAAAAAAA